UCGCCACAUGCGCCUGCGCUGGUUUUCCUGGUGAUGACGUCAGCCGUUGUUGCGCAACCUGACCUGGAUCCCCCGUACUGCGCGCUGCGCUACCGGCGGCUCUGCCAGGGCAAAGGCCGGCAUAUCGCUUGCCAGUUCCCUUCUGCGGGCCCCGGGGAGACCUGCGUCAACUACACCUCCAUCAAGUUCACCAAGCAGCUGCGGCAUUUCGUCACACAUUACAUCAAUAGACGUCGGCAGCGGGUAGCGGCGGGGAGCGAGCGGGUGCGCGGGGGUGUGCAUUUGCCUCGACCUGAGCUCAUGAUGCAAGUCGAAUGGGAUCGAGAGUUAGCAGUGUUGGCGCAGCGGCUAGCCGAUCAAUGCAGCUUUAUACACGACGACUGCAGGGCGACAGUUCGUUAUCCGUACGCGGGCCAGAACGUGGGGGAGGUUAAAUGGCGGCGUUCGAGUGAGUCCGACCAACAGAACGCGGCGAGAGCUAUCCGACGUGUGUUCGACGCGUGGUGGGGCGAGCGCCGCCGGGUCACAGUGCGGCAGCUCGUACAACCUUUUAGGCUUACUAGCAGAGGCAGUGUAUGGGGCCACUUCAGUCAACUGGCGGUAUGGACGCUGCGCGCAGUCGGUUGUGGAGCUGUGAGACAUGGCUCCCGAUACCCUCGGAUCCUGCUGGUGUGCGACUUCUCGCACACCAACAUGCUAGGUCAACGGACCCUGACUCCAGGUCCUCUCGCCCCCUGUCCAAUCCACACCACACGCCGACCACAUUCUUCUUACCCCAUGCUUUGUGCUCAGGUGCGUCAUCCAGCAACAAAAGAACCAGCUCCCCACAACCCAAAAGACUACGAACCAUCUGACUACGACCCUUACUACCUUGGCGAAGAGGAGGACGAGGCAGAUGAAGACUAUUACGUCACUUAUGCAGUCAUAAACACCACCACAACCAUUUCUUCUACUACGGAACUCAAAGACACUACCUAUGAAAGACCACUCGAAACAGUCACAGUUAGAGAACAUUACGAAACAGAGAAAGAAGCAACAGUACCAAGGCAAACGACGCAAGAAAGGUUACCAGUCUAUUACGAAAAGGUUCCGUCGUUUGAGAGGAAGCCAUCAUUCGAAAGGGUCCAGAUGUACGAAAGAAAACCAGCUCUGGACAGGAUACCGACAGUUCUGAAGAUAACGACACGCGAAGGAAAGGAAUUGAAUGAAGGAUGGUCUAUUGAAACUGGGAUAAGUACAGUGCCCACGUCCCAGAGGUCUCGGUUCACUUUCGAUGUCGAAGACCUAGAAGAAGCUCUUGCCAAGCGGAAGUUUGAAAAGAUGGUGUAUAAAGCGUUGAGAAGUCGCUACACGACUGACGGGCGGUUCGUGAAGAAGCUGGAGAUGGAAAUGGUGAAAAACAAGCCGGACUCGCAGCACCCGCCCAGCUACCACCACCAGUCGCGUUGGAGGUCCACCGAGGCUCCAUACAGGCCCAUGUGGUCAAAGCCCGCAAUUGAGAUACCCGUGGAGAAGGAGCAUCACAUCAAUGCACUGAGGGAAGAGUACCUGAGGACGACAGCAAUGUCUACCAUGUUCUAUGAGCCUGUGAGACAUCGAUGGCGUCCGACCAAGGACCGACCAGACAGUUUCCUACAUUCAACAUGGACAAGGAUAUUCAGGAGCAGUUCUUCAGGGAUACUGGCUUCAACCCUGGUUGGAGGCAACACAAGAAAAUUUAACAAACAACUCGUCAAUUUGUACAUUGAAGAUAACCUUAACAAUGAAAUUGCUUAUAAUAUACGAAAUAAUCAACUUUUGUCAUUUUGUUCGUUACAUUCACGAAAGAAGCACUCUGAAGGACCACUGCUGGUGAGAUUGUGGUCAAAUGCAAACCUUUUUAUUUAAAAAAAAACGCUGUUGCUCAUCCGAUGCCGCUCUGGACUAGUCAAAUCAGUUACUUUUUACUAAACGUCAAAAAACGAAAUUACUAUGGAUUUUGUAUGAAAAAGCACACUGUGACGUCAUAGAAAACGUGAUA